AAAAGAAAAAAUAAUUGAAGUGUGGUGGAGAUGACGAUUACUGAACUACUGAAAUUACUCGAUGUAAUCUUAGGUUCUUUUAUUGGGGAAUUAAUAUUAAUCUUAUCGAAAUUUGUUUCUGCUUUUGAAUAAAUACAAUCAUUAUUACAUUUACGGGAUUCACUAGCGUCACUUGAUGUAAGAUUAGUAUUAAUCAAUUACUUUUCUACUGAUUGUUAGCAGCUUGCUUUUGUUUUGGCUUUUGUGCUUGGGCUGUAACGGUACAUUUUCAGUGACUGUUACGCAGCGAUUUUUUUUUUUUUUAAAUAACAAGGGUAUGUUCAAAGAAACGAAGUCGUUUCAGACUCAUAAACCCAUUCAACCCAAACCGAACACACCCCUACACACACUCCCUUACCUGGCCAGCCAGACAGACACACAGGAGACCGGCUGCGUUUCAAAAAUUCCAAGAGAGCGGCAAAAAACUAGAAAGAAUAACAAUCCUUACUUUUUGGCUAAAUUUUUAUUUAUUUAUUUAUUUUUAAAUACAGACACGCUUCAUCGAUGGCCAGAACGAAACAUCCAGUUGCUCGAAAACGAGCCAGAAGCCCGAAGAGAUCCGAUGCCUCACCAUCUACACCUAGAACGCCAACAUCGUCGAGAACAAGACCGCAAGCAAAUGGCCAACAAGGUUCAUCCACACAAAGGCAGAGGAAAAAGCAUCGCUUCCGUUCAGGAACAGUAGCUCUUCGUGAAAUUCGGCAAUAUCAGAAAACUUGGAGGCCACUCAUACCAGCUGCUAGCUUUAUUCGAUGUGUAAGAAUGAUUACUCAGGAGUUUUCCCGAGAAGUGAACCGUUGGACUGCUGAAGCUUUAGUUGCAAUUCAGGAGGCAGCAGAGGAUUUUUUGGUUCAUUUGUUUGAAGAUGGAAUGCUCUGUGCAAUUCAUGCAAAACGGGUUACAUUAAUGAAAAAGGAUUUUGAGUUGGCCCGUCGGCUUGGAGGGAAGGGACGACCUUGGUGAGAGUGUUACAGUACAAGAGCAUCACUGAUUGUCACCACCUUGACGUGUAAUUACGCUGCUAUUCUUUGACAGCCUCUGCUUUCUUGUCGUGUAGUAGGUGUUAUGAUGUAUUAUUAGGAAGUAGGAAUCAGUCUCCACCCUCAUCACAUCUUUGGCAACCUCAUCACACCUUUUGCGAUGUGGCACCUUCCAUAAAUUUAACUUCCACAGUAAAUGUGGUGCAUGAUACUUUAGACUACAGAGAAGGCAGAUCCCAUUGUCAAUGGUUCCUUAGAAUCCACAAAUCAUAUGAGGAUUAUAAAUAGCCAUUUAUCCUGUUGUUUC